AUGGCUUCUCGAUAUACACUGCAAUGGAUUCGGCGGAUCAUACACCUUACGCUAGGAUUUGGGAAGGACAUUUACGAGACUGAGGUGAGUUUUAAGAGAAAGACGGGGGUGGAUUUUUUUGCUCUAACUGGCUGUGAGCAUGGGAAUUGCGUUGCCGAGCAGAGGGCGGAGAGGAAUUUGGUGUUGCAGAUGCUAAAGCCAGAGCGUGAUGGCCCUUUCGAGGAGGGUAUCUUUUUGGUUAAUAUCAGCCCGGCUCGCAUGGACUUCCGGUCUUUCUUAGUUGACAACUUUAUUGCAAUUUUAAGUUCUCUAGUUACUCCUGCACAAGCAACAGCAGUUAUGGAUCUGAUUGAGGAGCGCUGGGAAGAAUGGAUCGGGGAGAUGCCCUUGAAGAUCACUUACCCAGCUCUGGAAGGACAUGAGUGGAGAAUUGUCACCGGAUUUGAUCCAAAAAACACAGGGCGGAGUUACCUUAUUGAUCAGGGUUCCCGCUUUUAUGUUAAAUACCCCGAAAAGCCGAAACCUCUUAUUCCGGUCCUUAGAAAAACUACGACUAGUCAGGAAUUGCGUAAGAGAAGAGACGUCGUAAGUAACAAUAGCGCAAAAGCAGGCGGCGGAGAUCCGCAAAGCUUAUCGAGUUAUCAAGCUGAACUGCCUUCUUACAUUAUACAUCUGCCCGCCAGCAGCGGAGGGGGUUCGAUUCCCGUUAUACGCGAUGUGGCGAAAAAGACUGAUUCAACGAGAUAUGCCUUGCCUGCAUUAAGAUUUAAAACUUGUCGUCUACUUUCAGGAAAUGUUUGGAACAGAGAACUUACAAUAAUACAACGCCGUAUUCUCCGAAGAUUGAGGAACAAGAAGAGAUCUAUUAAGAGAAAGAUUUAUUCUAGAGAAAAUCUUAACAGUUACAUCCAAUCACAAACUACACGAAAGUUGUCCCUUUUUUAUGGAGAUUUACCCAUCACAGAGAUGCACAGAGGAAGAGAACGAACUUCAUAUAUCCCUUUUCUACUCAAUCCAGAAACAAGAUCGGACGUUAUCCCGGUUCGUCUCCAUUUUUGUGAAACUAUUCCUCAAGCAAGGCAGCCGAUAAGUCAUCGAAGGGUUUGUGUGAAUAAUGGAAUGGUUAACAUUACUCAUUUUAAACUCUCCCACGGUGAUAUAAUAUCUUUUCAAGAAAAUGAUGCGAGAACCCGCGGUGAAGAAAUAAAGAGAUCCUUCUAUAUCGAAAUCUCAGUUGAAAAAAUAAUAGGAAAAUUCCUGGAUCACCCGUGGAGAAGAACCAAAACAGAAUGGUUCCGCCUACUCAAAACUAAGAGGGGAUGCCGCCUACUACUAAAAUCCCGGUUUUUGCAACAGUUGCGUUCUUCUAUGCAAGAAGAAGACUUAGAAAGAACAAAGAAGUUUGGAUCCGAAAAAGUAUGCUUAGGCAGUUCUUUCGCUGAGCACAACAGAAUGAAGAGGAAUUUGUAUCAUUUCAAAUCCCUAUUCUUAUCGAAGAGAAGGAACGAGAAAAACCGAAAUAUUCCUACUCGAACAAGAAGUCCUAUAGUUUACAACUCUUCUUUAUAUAGUAAUUCGACCUAUUGCUCCGCAUCCCCCCAUCAGUUUACUAAAAAGAUCAAAAUAAAAAGGAUCGAACUACCUACUCAUUAUUCGGAGGUGAAUCAUAGAACACCAAAAGCUGUGGUAUCUUAUGGACCUAACAUAGGUCACAUACCUCACGACAUAAGAUUGAAAGAUCCAAACCUUCUUCUUCGGAGCGGAAAGGGACGUGGCCAAAACAUAUAAAGAUCGGCGUAGUCGCUCAUAGGGACAUAUCUAUCCGGAUAGAGGAUAGUCUAGGCCGAUUCAUAGAUAGAUCUCUCUCCAUAUAGAUAGGUAUCUCCGUGGAUAGAGAUAAAGAUAGGGAUCCAUCUAGAUCUUGAUUCACUAUUUCCAUAUUUUUUCUUGAUUCUGAUUGAUUGCCUUUUUUUUGACGACAAGUUUUAAAUCUUAAUGCAGGCAAGGAAACAUCGUUUUUCAAUUAUUACUUGCUGGGUCGGAGCGUAGACGAGCGAGCAGAGCCAAGGAAAGAGGGAAGCCCGUCAUAGAGCAGUCGACUAGAAGUAGAAGACUGCUGGCCUGAGAGAAGGCGGCCUCUCUCGGGAAAGAUGGCCCAAUUUCUCUUCUUUCUUUUUGAUUUCAGCUUUCUUUUUUUUUUUUUCAGGGGUCCAGAAGGCUAAAAGGUGGGGGAGAAGGAAGCCGAACCUCUAAUCGACCUGGACACAUAAAUAAUUCUCGGCGUCGAGAGAGAUUUGAGAUUCCGUAAGUAACUCAGUGAGUGCUUUCUAAGAAGGGCUUGGAAGAAGAAAAUGAAAUAGGAACAACCGCGCUGGUCGUAAUAGAUCGACUUUCAUGCUAGUUCUUGCUCCAGCAUGAAAGUUCCAUUUCAGGGAAGGACGACGUACUAUGAUACUUUCUGUUUUGUCGAGCCCUGCUUUGGUCUCUGGUUUGAUGGUUGUACGUGCUAAAAAUCCGGUACAUUCCGUUUUGUUUCUCAUCCCAGUCUUUCGCAACACUUCAGGUUUACUUCUUUUGUUAGGUCUCGACUUCUUCGCUAUGAUCUUCCCAGUAGUUUAUAUAGGAGCUAUAGCCGUUUCAUUCCUAUUCGUUGUUAUGAUGUUCCAUAUUCAAAUAGCGGAGAUUCACGAAGAAGUAUUGCGCUAUUUACCUGUGAGUGGUAUUAUUGGACUGCUCUUUUGGUGGGAGAUGUUCUUUAUUUUAGAUAAUGAAAGCAUUCCAUUACUACCAACCCAAAGAAAUACGACCUCUCUGAGAUAUACGGUUUAUGCCGGAAAGGUACGAAGUUGGACUAAUUUGGAAACAUUGGGCAAUUUACUUUAUACCUACUAUUUCGUCUGGUUUUUGGUUUCUAGUCUUAUUUUAUUAGUAGCCAUGAUUGGGGCUAUAGUACUGACUAUGCAUAGGACUACUAAGGUGAAAAGACAGGAUGUAUUUCGACGAAAUGCUCUGGAUUCUAGGAGGACUAUAAUGAGGAGGACGACA